CACUCCUUUUAAUCAUAUUUUCUAUGGGCUUUAUCUAUUUAAGACGUCAGUGACAGUAAGCUGCUUCGACAUCCUUUUCUUUCCAUGUCAUUAAAGAAUUAUGAUAAAAUCCGAAGAUCCCGCCCAGGAUUAUCGAUCAUUUGGUCGUUUGGGCGGAUUUUGGAGUACCUUGUUCAUAACCCUGAUCGAUAAGCGCAAACCCGUUCGUUUCCCUUAAAUGUAGCAUCCCACUUAGUGUCAAUCGGCAAACUCGCGCCCAACAAAGGCCCAACACAUCGUCAUCCUGACCUAGGAGCGGAUCUAUUUUCCAAGGCCUGACUGCCUGACCACAGCCGCCAGUAUGGUGCAACGUAGAAGCUUGCUCAAGGCCAAAAGUACUCCGGGGUCCUCGAACGCCGUCAAUACCCGCCAGCCCACUCCUUCUAGCUCGAGUCCCUCAGCUGAUACAUCCACCAAUUCGUCCGGGUUUAUCACCGACCCCAAGCGAUCCGUGCCCAAAGGCAGGCACACCACUCAGCCCUCAGAGCCCAUCCCUGGACCCAGUCGCCCAUACGGUACUUCAACGCCCAAGCCGGCGUCUCGCCGUCCCAGCUUGAUUCAGGCCACGCCCGUAAACCCGGUGCGACCUGUAGCGGUUGUCGCAUCCAAAUCCAAGACGCCUAAACGUAAGGGCGGCCAGGCGUCGAAGCGUCGUUAUCGACCUGGCUUAAAGGCCUUGCAAGAGAUUCGCCAAUAUCAAAAGAGUACCAAUCUCUUGAUUCCAAAAUUGCCUUUUAGUCGGCUUAUUCGAGAUAUCGCUCAGCAUUUGAGUCCAAAUGGCGGAUUAAGGUUCCAAUCCGCGGCCUUGAUGGCGUUACAAGAGGCGGCAGAGGCGUUUCUGGUUUUCGUGUUCGAAGACACUCUCUUAUGUUGUAUUCACGCCAAACGUGUCACCAUCAUGACUAAGGACAUGAUAUUGGCUCAACGAAUCCGAGGCUAUCAUCAUCAUCGUUGUUGAACUCGACGCAUUUUUACUAGAGCUAUAACACAUUAGCUCUUCUCGUUAUAUGUUCAAUGGGUCUAGUGAGCGGUGCGGAUGGGUACGCCCACUCGUCCUAGGUUUUGUAUUUUACGAUCUCGCCCUCUGUGACUUCAGAGGGACUUGUAUUAUUGUAAUGAAAAUUCUAGUUAACUGGAGUGAUCUUCUCUUUGUAUUGAAAUUUGAUGUCAUCCGUCCCGAAUAGAUAUUUGUUGUAAGCGUUCCCAUUCUGCUUCAAUCUAGUUCUAUGCUUUCCGUUUUAGA